AAAACUAAAGGCUAUAUUGUACAAGUCCACUGUACUGCAAUAUUAUUAGUAAUAUUAGAUGUAAUAUAUAAAAUAUAAUUACAGUAGAGUCUCACUUAUCCAAGCCUCGCUUAUCCAACGUUCUGGAUUAUCCAAGUCAUUUUUGUAAUCAAUGUUUUCAAUAUAUCAUGAUAUUUUGGUGCUAAAUUCAUAAAUACAGUAAUAACAGCAUAACAUGACUGCGUAUUGAACUACUUUUUCUGUCAAAUUUGUUGUAUAAUAUGAUGUUUUGGUGCUUAAUUUGUAAAAUCAUAACCUAAUUUGAUGUUUAAUAGGCUUUUCCUUAAUCCCUCCUUAUUAUCCAAGAUAUUCGCUUAUCCAAGCUUCUGCCGGCCCGUUUAGCUUGGAUAAGUGAGACUCUACUGUAUUAUAAUCUAUAAUAUCUAUCUAUGGGGUUGGACUGCAUGGCCUUUGGGGUCCCUUUGAACUCUAGUAUUAUCAUUCUAUAGCUUUAUUAUUCUCCAUGAACAUUGUAAUGACUAUGAGGUCAGAUGGCCAUCUGUCGGGAGGGCUUGGGUGGUGUAGCAGAAUGAGGUUGGAUCUGGAUCUGGUUUAAAAGCAUUACGAACCUUCCUUUGCAGGAAUGGAGCUCCGAAGACAAGAAGACCCUUGUGGCUGGUUUCUGGGUGGAAGACUAGUGAUUUUGUUGUUCUGACUUAUAAUUUAGACAACAAAUCGUAGCCUGCCGCCCAGCGACCACAGCCGAGCACCCUUUGGCAUUGGGACCCCAUGGCACCCAAAUCUGCACCCCUGCUUCAUAAUAAAUCAAUCACUAAAUAAGUCUCUGAUACAACUGUCUGCAAGGAAGGACGGCGCCGCCACUCAUCCCUCACUGAUGGACACUUCAGCGUGAAAUGUCACCGCAUCCCUGGUUGCCAUGGCAACGCAGACCGUGGUCCAUCGUGGGAUAAAUCGCCUUUUGUGUGGACAGAGACGGGGCUCAGCUUCACCUCAUAGAGUUGGAAGGCCAUCCAAUCCAACCUGAUAGAUAGAUAAAUGGAUGAUAGAUAUAGAUAGAUAGAUAGAUAGAUAGAUAUAGAUAGAUAGAUAGAUAGAUAGAUAGAUAGAUAGAUAUAGAUAGAUAGAUAGAUAGAGCUAGAGAAGAUCUCCAAAGGCUAUCCAGUCCAACCCCAUAGAUAGAUAGAUAGAUAGAUAGAUAGAUAGAUAGAUAGAUAGAUAGAUAGAUAGAUAGAAUCCUAGAGUUGGAGGAGACCCCAAAAGACAUCCAGUCCAACCCCAUAAAUGAUCAGAUCAGGGGUCAAUUCACAAGACCAUAAGUAAGCAAAGAGACCUUCAUAAGACCAUCGGUAAGGGAAGGGGCCCUCAAAGGCCAUCUAGAUGAUCUCAUAGGACCACAGGUAAGGAAAGUGAUCUCCAAAAGCCAUCUAGAUGGUCUCAUAAGCCUGUAGCUAAGCCAGGACCAUUGAGACAAUCACAUAAGACCAUAGGUAAGCAAAGAGACCUCCAAAGACUAUCUAGAUGGUCUCAUAAGACCAUAAGUAAGGGAAGGGACCUUCAAAGGCCAUCUAGAUGAUCUCACAGGACCAUAGGUAAGGAAAGGGACCUUCAAAGGCCAUCUAGAUGAUCUCACAGGACCAUAGGUAAGGAAAAUGACCUCCAAAAGCCAUCUAGACGGUCUCAUAAGGCCAUAAGUAAGGGAAGGGACCUUCAAAGGCCAUCUAGAUGAUCUCACAGGACCAUAGGUAAGGAAAAUGACCUCCAAAAGCCAUCUAGACGGUCUCAUAAGGCCAUAAGUAAGGGAAGGGACCUUCAAAGGCCAUCUAGAUGAUCUCACAGGACCAUAGGUAAGGAAAGGGACCUUCAAAGGCCAUCUAGAUGAUCUCACAGGACCAUAGGUAAGGAAAAUGACCUCCAAAAGCCAUCUAGACGGUCUCAUAAGGCCAUAAGUAAGGGAAGGGACCUUCAAAGGCCAUCUAGAUGAUCUCACAGGACCAUAGGUAAGGAAAGGGACCUUCAAAGGCCAUCUAGAUGAUCUCACAGGACCAUAGGUAAGGAAAAUGACCUCCAAAAGCCAUCUAGAUGGUCUCAUCAGGCCGUAGCUAAGCAAAGAGAUCAUCAAAGACCAUCUAGACGAUCUCAUAAGGCCAUAGGUAAGCAAAGAGACCUCCAAAGACCAGAUAGACUUAGGUCCACCCUAAGUCUAAAGUUUAGGACAGGGGCCAGGUCAGUGACCUUGGAGGGCCACAUCCAGCCCACGGGCCUUAGUUUGGGGACCCCUGCCUUAAAUAGAUAGAUAGAUAGAUAGAUAGAUAGAGUCCUAUUGUUGGAGAAGACCCCAAAAGACAUCCAGUCCAUAGAUAGAUAGAUAGAUAGAGUUGGAUAGAUAGAGUUGGAAGAGACUCCUAAAGGCCAUCCAAUCCAACCCCAUAGAUAGAUAUUAUAUUAUUAUUAGAUAGAUAUUAUACAGUAUAAUAAUUAUAUUUUAUAUAUUACAUGUAAUAUUACUAAUAAUAUUGCAGUACAGUGGUCUAGUACAAUAUAGUAACAUACAAUGUAAAUAUUGUGCUAUGCUAAUAAUAUAUUGUAUGUACAUAUACAUCAAUACAUAUAUUGAUCAUAUUGUAAUACAAUACUAAUAAUACAAUGUAAUAAUAUAAUAAUUAUAUAUUGCAUGUAAUAUUACUAAUAAUAUUGCAGUAUAGUGGUCUAGUACAAUAUAGUAAUAUACAAUGUAAAUAUUGUGCUAUGCUAAUAAAAUAAUAUAUUGUAUGUAUAUAUAAUAUUGAUCAUAAUAUUGUAAUACGAUACUAAUAAUAACACUACAAUGUAAUAAUAUAAUAAUUAUAUAUUAUAUAUUGCAUGUAAGGUAAAGGUAAAGGUUUCCCCUGACAUUAAGUCCAUUCAUGUCUGACUCUGGGGGUUGGUGCUCAUUUCCAUUUCUAAGCCAAAGAGCCAGCGUUGUCCAUAGACCCCUCCAAGGUCAUGUGGCCACUGGCAUGACUGCAUGGAGCGCCGUUACCUUCCCGCCGGAGCAGUACCUAUUGAUCUACUCACAUUUUGCAUGUUGUCGAACUGCUAGGUUGGCAGGAGUUGGAGCUAACAGCGGGCGCUCAAGCCGCUCCCGGGAUUUGAACCUGGGACCUUUCAGUCUGCAAAUAUUGCAUGUAAUAUUACUAAUAAUAUUGCAGUAUAGUGGUCUAGUACAAUAUAGUAAUAUAUAAUACUAAUAUUGUGCUAUGCUAAUAAUAUAAUAUAUUGUAUGUACAUAUAACUUGUAAGCCCUUCGGGGUGAGAAGGGCAGAAUAUAAAUGUCGUCAAUAAAUAAAUAAAUAGAGUUGGAGGCCAUCCAGUCCAACCCCAUAGAUGACUGGAUGGAUAAUAAUAAUAGAAUAUUAUUAUUACCGAAUAUAGAUUAUAUAGAAUAUAGAAUAGAUUAUUAUUAUGAUUAAUAGAAUCCUACAGUAGGAAGAGACUUCCAAGGGCCAUCCAGUCCAACCCCAUAGAUGACUAGAUGGAUAAUAAUAAUAGAAUAUUAUUAUUACAGAAUAUAGAAUAUACAGAAUAUAGAAUAGAUUAUUAUUAUUAUUAUUAAUAGAAUCCUACAGUAGGAAAAGACUUCCAAGGGCCAUCCAGUCCAACCCCAUAGAUGACUAGAUGGAUAAUAAUAAUAGAAUAUUAUUAUUACAGAAUAUAGAAUAUACAGAAUAUAGAAUAGAUUAUUAUUAUUAUUAUUAUUAUUAUUAUUAAUAGAAUCCUACAGUAGGAAGAGACUUCCAAGGGCCAUCCAGUCCAACCUCAAGGGCCAUCCAGUCCACCAUCAAAGCACUCCUGACAGAUGGCCAUUCGGCCACAGAUGGCUACGGAUGAUGGGACCUGUAUGCUAUGAAAAAACUCUAGAAACAGGACAGUAAAUAAAGAGCAACACUCGGAAAACAGGAGAAUUCCAGGCAGGAAGCAACCAGGGCCAGCUAACACGUCCCAACAAAGGAUUCCCCCCAGGCAGGAAGCAGCCAAGCUUUGGAGCUGCAAGGCCAUUCGAUGCUAAUCAUUCACACGCCUUUCCACAGGUAUAUAAAUCCCAUUUGCCUCGCUUCAAACAGGCCUCACAACCUCUGCCAUAGAUGCAGGCGAAACGUCAGGGGAGAAUGCUGCUCGAAACUAACCAGACAACCCGGAAAACUCACAGCAACGUAGUGAUUCCGGCCAUGAAUGCCUUCGACAACACUAAUAAUACUAACUGCAGGUCCCAUCAUCCACAGCUUGACUCUCAAUGCGCUCCUAUAGUUUCCCAUUCUCCCUGCCGGCUGGACUACACUUCCCAGAAGCCUCCGCGGUGGCGUUCAUUGGCGCUCUUUUCUUCCUCUAGUCUGAGACGCGAAAGAGAGCCGCGAAUAGGAGCGUCGGAAAGAGAACUUCGCUUCCCGGCCGCCGUUGCCGCUCUCCUUGCUUAGCGGUUCUGGGAAGUGUAUUUCGAGCGCGGCCGGCUCGCCGUUGAAACCAACCAGCGCCCCCUCCCGGGGAGACUACCACUCCCGGCGUGCUCUUCGGCAAAGGCAGGUCUCCUCAGAGCCGAGCGGCCAUUUUGUUUGGGUUCCCCGACUGGGUUUUUUUUUUAAGAUGGCGGCGUGAGGAGAACUCGGGUGAAGGUUGCUUCUGAGGGAGCUCGGUUGCUAGGUUACCGACCAGAAGCCCCUUAUCUGAGGCCUUGCAUUGGAUUCCCUCAGAGGCAGAGCUCCUUAUUUAUCUAUUUAUAUGCAUAUUUAUAUAUAUAUAUAUAUAUUUAUAUAGAGACAUAUAUUUCUGAAGAAGUUUGGGUCUAGGCUUAAGGCUUCUAGGCUUUGUGGCUUGGGGACCUACCUAGGCCUGGUGUAUUUGAAUUGCUUUGUUUAUACAGAAUAAUAUAUAUAUAUAUAAUAUAUAUAUGUUCCCUUUCAGAUAUAUAUAUAUAUAUAUAUAUAUAUUUAAAUAAAUAUAUUUCCCCCUUAAUUUAUUCAUAUUUAUAUGCAUAUAAAUACAUAGCAAGAGGAAGAGGCUGCCUUUUGGGUCUUUUUUUUUUUUGAACUUGUUUUUAUUGGGUCUUGCGGGAAUGUGAGGGCCACGGAUUCGAGGAGGCCACUCUGAACAUCGCCAUGGAUCUCCGCCUGGCUGUCUACAAUGCCGCCCGAGAAGGGAAACUCAAGCUGUUGCAGAAGCUCUUGGGAAACCGGAGCCGGGAAAAGUUGGAGGAGUUGACGGCGGGUCCCUUAGGAGGAGAAGGAGCCGGCGGCACCCCGUUGCUGAUUGCUUCCCGACACGGCCACCGUGACGUAGUGGAGUACCUCCUGGACCAUUGCGGGGUCCACGUGGAGGCCGGUGGCUCGGUCAACUUUGACGGCGAGACCAUCGAAGGAGCGCCUCCGCUGUGGGCCGCGUCGGCUGCCGGACACUUACCGGUGGUGCGCUCGUUGCUCGAGCGGGGGGCCUGCGUCAACCAGACCACGCUGACCAACUCCACCCCGCUGCGGGCGGCCUGUUUUGACGGGCACCUGGCCAUCGUGCGCUACCUGGUGGGAGAGCGUGGGGCCGACCUAGAGGUGGCCAACCGCCACGGCCACACCUGCCUGAUGAUCUCCUGCUACAAGGGCCACGCCGAGAUUGCCUGCUACCUCCUGGAGCAAGGCGCCGACGUCAACCGCCGCAGCGUGAAGGGCAACACCGCCUUGCACGACUGCGCCGAGUCCGGCAGCUUGGAGAUCCUGCGGCUGCUACUGGGCUCCAAUGCCCGCAUGGAGAAAGAUGGAUACGGGAUGACACCGCUGCUCGCUGCCAGCGUGACCGGCCACACCAAUAUCGUGGAAUACCUCAUCGAAGGGGCGUUGGCAGCGACGGAGCAUGAAGGGGCGACUGGAGAUGAUUGUGAUGAGGAGCGGCGUGAGGAGGAACCUGACAACGGCGAGAAUCGUGUUUAUUGCACCCGGGAGGCAGCUGUGGAAGCUCUGGAGCUCCUGGGAGCCACCUUUGUGGACAAGAAGCGUGAUCUCCUUGGCGCUCUUAAGCACUGGCGGCGAGCGAUGGAGCUGCGUCACCAAGGCGGGCAGUACCUCUCCAAGGUGGAACCUUGCCAGUUGGUCCUGGCUUAUGAUUACGCCCGGGAAGUGAGCACUAUGAAGGAGCUGGAGGCUUUGGUGACCGACCCGGAUGAGAUGCGGAUGCAGGCCCUGUUGAUCCGAGAGCGUAUCCUCGGCCCGUCCCACCCGGACACGUCGUACUACAUCCGUUACCGGGGCGCUGUCUACGCCGAUUCGGGCAACUUUGAGCGCUGCAUCAACCUGUGGAAGUACGCCUUGGAGAUGCAGCAGGGCAACUUGGAGCCCCUGAGCCCCAUGACGGCCAGCAGCUUCCUCUCUUUCGCCGAGCUUUUCUCAUACGUGCUUCAGGACCGCUCCAAGGGCACCUUGGCCACCCAGCUGGGGUUUGCCGACCUCAUGGUGGUGCUGAGCAAAGGCGUCCGAGAGGUGGAGCGGGCCCUGCUCCAUCGGAAAGACCCUGUGGCCGAUUGCGCCCAGUUCACCAAAGCCCUUGCCAUCAUCCUCCACCUGGUCUUCCUCUUGGAGAAAGUGGAGUGCAGCCCUGAGCAAGAGCACCAGAAGCGCCAGACCAUCUACCGCCUGCUGAAAUGCAACCCCCGGGGCAAGAACGGCUUCACCCCGCUGCACAUGGCGGUGGACAAGGACACCACCGCCGUUGGCCGCUACCCAGUGGGGAAGUUUCCUUCUCUCCAUGUGGUGAACCUUCUCCUGGAGUGUGGUGCCGACCCGGAUGGCCGCGACUAUGAUAACAAUACCCCGCUGCACGUGGCCGCACGGAACAACUGCCCACUCAUCAUGAGCGCCCUCAUGGAGGCCGGGGCCCACAUGGAUGCCACCAACGCCUACAAGCAGACGGCGUACGAGCUCCUGGACGAGAAACUGCUCACCAAGGCCAUGAUGCAGCCCUUCAACUACGUCACCUUGCAGUGCCUUGCCGCCCGAGCCCUGGAUAAACACAAGAUCCCUUACAAGGGCUUCAUCCCAGAGGAACUGGAGGCCUUCAUUGAACUCCAUUAAACAGGGUGGUGUGUGGUGGACUCUCCGUCUUCCUGUGAUCCGAAUUUGAAAGCUUUUCUUUGCACUGGGCCCGGUUAUACUGUUUCUCUCUGUGUGUUUCUGGUCCCAUCAUCAGAGUAGGAGGUAUCUACAUUCUCCUUCACUCUGCACAAUACAAUGCUCCUUGAACUGCUCUAGCUGUAUCCUUUAGAUUUGUAGUUUGUUGAGACUGAAGUCGCUUCCCAAACUGCAAAUCCGAGGUUUUCUUCAACUACCAAGUUGAAGCAGUUACCAAAGUGCUACAGUUGUGUUGUGUGAAGGAGACCCGCCUUGACCCACAGUGGGGUCGGCACCAAUAUCUGACAUCGUGGUUCCGCUGUCAAGGGAUGCCUUUGCUUCCCCUGCUUCAGUUUCUUUGACAAUUUGGGUGUAGCCAAGCUUUUUAUAGCUCUCCACAGCACUCCCCACACUUUUCUGGGGAUGCUGUGUUGAUAUAUAUAGAAAGAGUGGCCCAGUCUGGUUUCUCAUCUCACUGCUUUUGCAACCGGGUAGUGACAUUUGUCAUUUGAACCUCUAGCUGCCUCCUGUCCCAGAGAUGGCCACUUUCAGUGUCAAGAGCCAUGGGAUGGGAGCGGGUUGGUGCUGGCCCCUCCUUUUCAACUGAUACUGAAGUUCUUCAUUUGAUCUGUUUUUGCAAAUUCAGCUUGCCUUGCUGGUGUUGGAGCUGCUACCCUUGCCCCUUGCAUCCCCUUCUCCUUUGCCCUUUGUCCUUCUCAAAAUAUAGGAAUGGAAAUGAGGAUUUCAGGCAACCUAAAGACAGUCUUAAAGUUGCCCCCUUGCCUACAAAAAAAAAGUUAUUUACGUUGCUGCUUAGCCGAGUGUGGUGGUGGUUUGCGUUCUGGGUUUGAGUUCUUUGUUUGGGAAUGGCUGAAUCGCAUCUGGCUGUUUUUAAGAGCUGACGCUGAUAGGGAUAAGGUUUGCUUUUUAACCCAAACUUAACUGGUGGCCCCCUUAACCCAAACUUAACUUGCCCACAGUUUGGUUUUUCCCGAUCCAGACCUUUGAUUACAGGCUUGGUGUAGCUGCUCAGAAGAAAAGGGGGAAGGGGGCCUGUGUUUUGAAACCCUAGAAAAGAAACAAGACGCGUCAUCUGUUUGUGUUGUGUUGUGGGAAUGAGAACGGCUAGUUUGUAUCGGCUAGUUUGUGACUGCAGAGACUCCCAACGAUAAAAUUUGGCUUGCCAAGUGCUUAAACAUCCCCCUCCCAGCAAGCCUGCUUGUUUUUUUCAAUACCAAUUGAACAUCAAAAGCUUCUUUUGCCAGGCCUCCGUUUGCUUGCGCCUAGAUGCUCAUGUUUCUUUCCCUAUUUGGCAUAGAGCGAUUCCCUAGUCAAGAGUUUGGCUGAGGUCCCCUUCUGCACACAGACCAUAUGCAUUGUCGAAGGCUUUCAUGGUCGGAAUUACUGGGUUGCUGUGAGUUUUCUGGGCUGUAUGGCCAUGUUUCAGAAGCAUUAUCUCCUGUCGUUUCGCUCGCAUCUAUGGCAGGCAUCCUCAGAGAUUAUGAGGUAUAUAUAAUAAUAAUCAUAAUCAUCAUUAUGGUCAUUAUCAUUGCCAUCAUAACAACAAUAACAAUAGUCAUAAUUAUUAUCAUAGUAACAACAACAACAAUAUAUUGUCGAAGGCUUUCAUGGCUGGGAUCACAGGGUUGUUGUAUGUUUUGCGGGCUGUAUGGCCAUGUUCCAGAAGUAUUCUCUCCUGAAGUUUCGCCCACAUCUAUGGUUGAGGAUGCCUGCCAUAGAUGUGGGCGAAACUUCAGGAGAGAAUACUUCUGGAACAUGGCCAUACAGCCCGCAAAACAUACAACAACCCCAACAACAAUAUAUUUUAUUUGUUAGCCACCUCUCCUCUGCUCAAGGCAAGUUACAACAUCAAAAUGCGUAACGUAAGACCAUUCAAAGGCCAUCUAGUUGAAAACUAGACAAAUGGGGUUUAUUUAUCUGUGGAAUAUCCAGGGUCGGACAAAGGACAAAUCCCAACAACGGAUUCUCCCAGGCAGGAAGCAGCCAGUCUUUGAAGAUGCAAGACUUUUCAAUGCUAAUCAUGGUGGCCAAUUGCCACAUUCACACUUGCCUCAAACAGACAAGAGUUCUUUCUCCCACCCUGAACAUUCCACAUAUCUAUUAUUAUUAUUAUUAUUAUUACUAUUUGCCGAUACAUCACACAGUCCUAUACACUUGGGAAGUGUCCGAUGUGUGAUCCAAAACAACAGCCAGCAGAGUGUCUGCUGUGGACUCAUCUUGUGUUUCUAAUAAUAAUAAUAAUAACAACAACAACAACAGGAAAAACUCAGCCGCUAUCAGGACCUCAAGAUUGAACUUCAAAGACUCUGGCAGAAACCAGUACAGGUGGUCCCAAUGGUGAUGGGCACACUGGGUGCCGUGCCAAAAGAUCUCAGCCAGCAUUUGGAAACAACAGACAUUGACAAAAUCACGAUCUGCCAACGAUCUGCAAAAGACCACCCUAGUGGGAUUUGCACGCAUCAUCCGAAAAUACAUAACACAGUCCUAGACACUUGGGAAGUGUUCGACUUGUGAUUUUGUGAUAUGAAAUCCAGCAUGUCUAUCUUGUUUGCUGUGUCAUAAUAAAAUAAUAAUAAUAAUCUUUAUUUCUAGACUACCCUAGACUCAGGGCAGUUAACAUACAUAUAAACGGCAAAUAUUCAAUGCCACAACUUCUUUACUAAUAUCAAAAGUAUAAAAUGACAAUAACAUAUAUAAACCCGACUUGUUUCCAACAGACCUCACAACCUCUGAGGAUGCCUGCCAUAGAUGUGGGCGUAACGUCAGGAGAGAAUGCUUCUGGAACAUGGCCUUAGAGCCCAGAAAACUCACAGCAACCUAGACUGUAUACACAUGCGCACAAAGGCACGCAUGGCAUGCUUUACUCAAUCUGGGUUGGUGGAAGAGCCCAUCUCUGCCAAACUUGUUUUGUUUCCUGUUGAAUUUAAUUCUUGUGCUGAUUCUGCCAAGGAAUGUCAGGCGCAGAAGGGGUGUGUUUGGAAUCGUCCAAUGGAAAAAUGGGCUAAGGAAGAGUUGAGAGUGGCUUUGGAGGGACUGCAGUGUGUUGAUACAAAGAGCCGAAUCACUUUUUGGAGAAGGAGGUUGUUUGGGGAAGGAUCAGCAAUGUUUUAAAUGGAUUGUUUGGGAUAGUUUGCAACAACUCACCACAAACGGAGUGUCCCUUGAUGCCCAUAAAAUAAAGCUAGGGUUAAUGUCUAGGGCUGCUAAAAGAUACACAAGGCAUUAUGUUAUUGUUAUUUUUGAAACAUCAGUUAUGUUAUUGCACGACAGGUCUAUUGUUUAUAUACAAAAUAUACUGGUACAACUUAUCUCUCUCCUGAAGAAAUGUCCUUAUUUAUAUAGAUUUCAAAUGUGAGACGUCAGUCUCAUCUAAAUAACCACAACAGUCCAAUACAUAGAUGAAAUAUGUCUGAUGAUUUAAAAAGUCACUUAUAAGUAUCUUGAAGGACCAUACGUGGCAUCCAAGAUUGUGAUUGUGUCAGAGAAGAGUUCUAUACAGUGACCAAGGUUACAACAAGGUGUCCCGGGUUGUAUUCCUUGUUUCGUUGUUUGGAACACUUCCUUCAGGUAGUUAAUUCUUGUCUGUGCCUUUAGAUAUAACUUAGUACUCCAGUAGAAGAUAAGUCUCUGGCACUAUAUUUACUUGUAUAAAAAGAUCAACAACAUACAUAAAAUAGAUAUGCAAUAGUAUGCAAUACCUGUAUAUUUUGUAUAUAAACAAUUCCUGGCCAUGCGUUGCUGUGGCUUAUGGGAAUCAUUUGUUGGCCAAGUGGAAUAGCAAUGAAGAGCCUUGCAGUCUCAAAGCCUGGCCGUUUUCUGGAGUAGCUGGAGUAGCACCCUCAAUCAAAGAACCGCUUUGAAGCCUGGCUACUUACUUUGUAGGGGAAUCAUUGUUUGGCCAGAUUGAAUUGCACUGAAUAGUCUUGCAGCUGAAAAGCCUGGCCGUCUUCUACAUAGGGCAUCCUUGCUAGGCCAGGUUGAAUGGGACGGAGUAGCCUCGUGGCUUCAGAGCUUGGGGAUUUUUCCCCUAGGGAAAUUUUGGUUGGCUAGGUUGGAAAGCACUGAAUAGCCUUGCUGCUUGCAAGCUUGGCCGCUUUCUACUUUGCGGAAUCCUUGGUCAGCCAGUUUGAAUAGCAAUUAAUAGUCUCGGUGUGGCAGGUAUGAAUGCUGCAAUUAGGCACCUUGAUUAGCAUUUCAUGGCCUUGCAGCUUCAAAGCCUGGCUGCUUCCUGCCUGGGGAAAUCCUUUGUUGGGAAGUGUUAGCUGGCCCUGAUUGUUUCCUUUCUGGAAUUCCCAAUUUCCCUGCUUUCAGAGUGUUGCUCUUUAUUUACUGUCCUGGUUUGAGAGAUUAUAUUUUUCUGUAUUAUUAUACCACAGUCAUUAUUUCAUAUUAUAUUUAUAAUCUUAUAUUCUCUGCUUAGAAGUGGAUUGUAUGAGGUCCCUUCUACACAACUGUAUAAAAUCCACACUGAAGUGGAUUAUAUGGCAGUGUGGAGUCAAGAUAAUCCAGUUCAAAGCAGAUAAUAUAAGAUUAUAAAUGGGUAAUAUAAUUGUGUGGAAGGACCUUAAGUAUACACUACCAUAUAAUCCAGUUCAAAUCAGAUAAUCUGUAUUUUAUAGGCAGUGUGGAUCAGGCUUAAGUGCACUCUGCCUGUGCCCUGGGCGCCAUUUUGGCUGAGGGAGUUGCUAAGAUACGAAGGGGGCGGGACCUAAAGGCAGUUGGGGGGGCUAAAGGCAGCAGAGCCUACCUUUCUAACUGGCAGUUAGGGAGAAAGGCUCUUCCUCAUCCUUUGUAAUUUGGACUAUUUUUCUAGGUUUUUUUUAUUGAAUUGGAUGACUAUGUCUUUUGUGGCCAAAUUUGGUGUGAUUUGGUUCAGUGGUUUUGUUGUUUACUCCAUAGUAAAACAAACAUUACAUUUUAAUAUAUAUAGAUAGACCUGUCAUGCAGUAACAUACAGUAGAAUCUCACUUAUCCAAGCCUCGCUUAUCCAAGCAUCUGGAUAAUCCAAGCCAUUUUUGUAGUCAAUGUUUUCAGUAUAUCGUGAUAUUUUGGUGCUAAAUUCGUAAAUAAAUUACAACAUAACAUUACUGCGUACUGAACUACUUUUCUGUCAAAUUUGUUGUAUAACAUGAUGUUUUGGUGCUUAAUUUGUAAAAUCAUAACCUAAUUUGAUGUUUAAUAGGCUUUUCCUUAAUCUCUCCUUAUUAUCCAAGAUAAUCGCUUAUCCAAGCUUCUGCCGGCCCGUUUAGCUUGGAUAAGUGAGACUCUACUGUAAUUGACGUUUCAAAAAUAACAAUAACACAAUACCUUGUGUAUCUUAGUUAUAGAUACCUGUGUUCCAAAUAUAGGGCUGCUAAAAGACCUCAUUUCAUCAUAGGCUAAGGAUCUUCCUCCCAAGGGUCUUAGGAACAGGAUUAUGGGUGCUGCAGUUCAGUUCAAAACACCUGGAGAACCAAAGCAUCCCCUUCCCUGAACUAAAUGUUAUGUGAUUGCUGGUAUCCAGAGGUCAGAGAGUGGUUUCCGAUGACCGAUCUGUUCCCCAGCAUGCAUUGCCUUUUGCUGUUAUUUGGUGGAUAUUAAAUGUACAGGUCCGUCACAAAAUAUAUUCCCCCGAAGCCAGGACUUCUAGGAGUAUAUCUGUGUUUUGAUGUUUACUCAAUGACCGUUGGCUGUGGCUAAAAUCCCCUGGUUCCUUGUUACCUUUCCGACUCAAAAUUGCAGGACAAAUCCAAUUUUUGGUGAUGUUUUGGAUGGAAAAUAUAGAAUUACAGUACUUCCCCUCACCUUUGUUUCCUGUGAAGUGUACUUCGAAUUAGAAACUAAGCAGAAGGUUUGCAAUACUUGGAUUGCAUAGAACAGGGAUCCUCAAACUUUUUAAGUGGAGGGCCGAUUCACAGACUGUUGGGUGGCCGGACUAUGAUGAAAUAGUAAACAAUUAGGAUUGUUGUUGUUGUGUGCCUUCAAGUCAUUUCAGACUUAGGUCAACCCUAACAUAAGACCAUAGGUAAACAAAGAGACCACCAAAGGCCAUCUAGAUGGUCUCAUAAGACCAUCGGUAAGGAAAGGGACCCUCAAAGGCCAUCUAUAUGAGAUCUCAUCAGGCCAUCAGAAGACCAUAGAUAAAGGGACCCUCAAAGACCAUCUAGAUGGUUUCAUAAGACCAUUGGUAAGGAAAGGGGCCCCCAAAGGCCAUCUAUACCAUCUCAUAAAACCAUAGAUAAGGAAAGGACCCUCAAAGGCCAUCUAGAUGAUCUCAUAAGGCCUUCAGAAGAUCAUAGAUAAGGAAAGGGACCUUCAGAGACCAUCUUGAAAAUCUCAUAAAACCAUAGGUAAGGAAAGGGACCCUCAAAGGCCAUCUAGACGGUCUCAUAGGACCAUAGGUAAAGAAGGUGACCUCCAAAAGCCAUCUAGAUGGUCUCAUAAGGCUGUAGCUAAGCAAAGAGACCUUCAAAUACCAUCUAGAUGAUCUCCUAAGACCAUAGGUAAGCAAAGAGACCUUAGUUUGGGGACCCCGGCAUAGAAUAUUUGUGCAUUAAAUGUAGUAUGGAGAACAGGGGCUCAUAGAGUGAAAGCUCCUUUUCUCCCAUGACUGAACAUAGAAAAGUCACGAUAGAAAAUCCACUUUCUGCUUCGUUGCUUAGGACUUAAAUAUCCCAAUUGAUUUGUUUCUUCGGUGGGUCAGGAAGCAUCCCGUGCAGCUUUUUGUUUUUGACCUGUUUUGCCCUAUUUUUCGGAAAGUGUGAUUUCCAAAGAAAGCGUCAGGUAGGUUUCCUCAUUUUGUUUUCGUUUCACUGCCAAGCAGAAUAAUGAAUUCGGACGCUUUCUGCAACCGCAGAAUGUGUGUAGUUGGCAAGCCAACGUUUCCUGACUUGAAAUGAAUAAACCGGCACUUUAAACAAAUAAAAAAAAAUUAAAAAGGAAAAGAAAGAAAGUUGUGCUGCUAACAAUAA